UCCGACGGUUCUUCUCCGAGUCUCCACCAACCGAUGGACGGUCCAGAUUAAACAGAAAAUGGAAUGGACGGUUCAGGAAGACACUUAAUACGCAGAUCCCCUGCGUCGGAUUUGCUCUCCUAGCCGUACUGCCCAGGACUUUUUCCUAAUGCCAAGAAUACCCACACUGUUGUGCCGCUUUUCCGUUCAUUAUAAAUCGUAUCUAAAGUAAAAUGCACGCUUUAUGCAAUAAAUGCCAGAGGUGGCAAAUACGUCAUUUGGCCUCCGAUAAGAAUUCCCGGCGGAUACGGUGAAAGGCCGCAAAAAGAUGCAUCCCAUCCCCACCGGCCCCGAAGAGGGCCGGAGGCCGCCUCUUCACUGCUAUUUAUUGCCGCCAUUCCCUGCCGCCUCCGCCCACGCCGUGAAGAAAGCUUCGUGAUCCGUCUCAAGCAAAGGAAGGUGGCGAAAUGGCCGGAAGACCCGCGACGGGUGGGUUUGCGGGCGGUGAUGCGAUGAUCAAAGUGGACAAGGACAGCGAUGAAUUCGUCAUCAUACAGCACCGGUUCUACACGAACAUGGGUUCCACUGUGCCCCACUGUCCCUUGGUGGAGCUCCACCGUAUUCUGUACUCCACGCCCACCGGAAGAGCACGACUGGAAGCCUUCAACCGUCAGGUGGACGCCAUGAAACAGAAGCAUGGCGGAAACCCUAACGAGAGGUUCGCAUUCUAUGAGGCUUCCAAGAGGAACGUGCAACGGAUCAUCAACGACGGGUUUGAUGUGUCUGCGGCGCCCGAGGAUUUUGGCUACUUCGGCAUCGCCCUGUACCUCUCCCCUGAGCCAUGUGCCAUCAACAGCGUGAUGUCUGCAACUGUUGAUGAGAAAGGACUGAGGCAUGUGCUGCUUUGUCGGGUGAUCUUGGGCGGGGCAGAAGAAGUCGUGCGUGGCUCCGGACAAUCUCGGCCCAGCUCCGGGAACUUCGACUCUGCCGUGGACAACCACAGAUCUCCCACCAGAUACAUCAUAUGGUACCCUGAUGUCCAGUCCCGUGUGCUGCCUUUGUACGUCCUCAGCGUGGAAGUGGACUUCCGUAACAGAGUUCUUCAUCAAGCGCUUGUAAGCAGACCUACUUCACCAUGGAUGUCCAUCGGAGACCUGCUAUCCGCGCUGUCGGCGAGACUGCCUCACUCGACGAUGUGCCAACUGAGGAGGUUGCACAACGAUACGAUGGAGAAGAAGAUUACCACGGAACAAAUGGUACGCAGCAUCAGGGAGAUCACGGGAGACCAGAUGCUGCUUGAUGCGAUGAGAACCAUUUUGGGAAGGUUUGGCUGCUUUCUGUGUCGGCUCUUCUUGUCUUCUCAAACCAUGCACUAAUUUGAAGCCUCGCUGAUGGUUUGCUCUCUUCUUCUUCUUCUUCUUCUUCAGAAAGCAAUAGCUGCCUUUCUUGCCUCACGGAAUGAUGAGAAAGACAUUGCACUUGAGCAGUAACCUUGUUGACUUUGCACUCGAGCAGUUCAAUAAAAAGUUUGCUUUUGGUUAAUUGGUCCUUCAAAUUCCAUCUGGUUGACUCGGAGAUCAUUCACCGUCUGUCUCCUAAUGAACAUUCAUGGAAAGCUCUCUACAUUAAGUGUAGCUGCAGUGGGGUCGAUCGUGACCCUCAAUGUGGCAUGGAACGAAACGUCUGGUUAGCUUGGCGAUGCAGAUUUGGGCGACCAACCCAAAGCUCGCCCAUCGCGAUUGGAUCGAGUUGUAGGUGUAAUCGAACCAUAACACAAUUAGCUUAGCUAUGGAUUCGAUGCCUCUAACCCGAGCCGGCCGUAAGCUCCCCAAAAAAAAGGCGGCGUCUGCACAUUCCAAACUAUACUUUAUGAUGAAUCCGAAGGCAAUUAAUUUAACACAGCACCACGAGAGAUCGUCAAUAAAGCAAACACUUCGUACGCUUUGUCAACCCGCCCCUCCGCGCCGAAGGAACUAGGGUUUGGUCCCUGCCGCCGGUCUUCCAUCUUCUCAAACCCUCGCCAUGCAUGGCACCGCCACAGCGGCGAAGGCAUAAGGAGCAGCGGCGCUUUCCGCCUACCUGUCCUCAUCCUCCCUCUCCCCCCUCUGCCUUCCCCGCGGCACUCUCCAAUAUGGCCGUCGCCCAAAUCUGCCUCUCAACCGGCUAUACUGCCGCGGAGCCCUCCGCCCUUGGCGCGCUCUCCGACGUCGCCGGUCGUUACAUCCUGGCUCUGGGUCGCUCCGCCGCCCACAUCGCUGCUGCAAACGGCCGGACCGACGCUAACAUCCUCGACCUCGUCCGGGCGAUCGAGGACCUAAGCGCCGCACACGGCUUCGCCGGCGCCGCCGACCCGACAGGGCCGCCGCUGCGGUCAGGCGCGCUUAGUGGGCUCAUGGCGUUCGUGCAGUCGGUAGACGAGGUCCCCUUCCCGAGGCCCAUCCGGAGGGACGGUAAUCAAGAAACACCAGGGAAUCAAUGGACGAGCUUCGCGGCGGCGGGGCGGGAGCCGCCAUUCCGGCACGUGCCGCGGUGGUUGCCGUGCUUUCCGGAGGAGCAAUUGGGAGAAGAAGGGAAAGGGAUCGGAACGAGGGAGGAGGUGGAGAAGGAGAGGAUGGCGAUGGUGGUGACGGACGGCGUCGGGGGAGGCGAAGGGAAGAAAAUAGUGGAAUUACCGGCCGAGAGGGGAAGGGUUAGGUUUCGACUCAGUGGUAAACAGAAGAGGAGACGGAGGGAUUAGAAUCGUAGAUUUUGAUAUUUAAUUUAUUUUAUGAGCGUAUGAAAGAGAAGCAGUAGUGAUUCGAACCCGUGAUGCGGCGCAAAACAAACUCCUAAGAAGAACCUCUAUGCUUGUGCGGAAUCUGUUUGGGAUUGUUUGCAUCUGUCUCUCUCAUCUAAUAAUGUGAAGAUUUUUGUUCGACGGCAGAAGAG